AAAUAUGGAUGGAGUACCGGCCAGAUGAUUGGUGGCUGAAUGCGAUGAAAAAUUACAGUGAACAACAAUGGUUAUCGAAUUUUAGAACACGAAAAGAAACAUUUUCUAUGUUAACAACAUUAUCACGUAGCGAGUUAGAGCCGGGUGUGUUCGUACGCCACUAUCGCUACACAAACGAAUUGCGAUUGCAGUAUACCAAUUGGGAUCAACCGCUGAAUUUAGGACCACAGGGAACAUGUUUGGGGUACAUCGAACAUCUGUUCACAGGUAUGUAUAUUUCACCAAUAGUUGAGUUCACUUUCAUGAUUGCUUGUAUUCUCAUUUAUCCAUAUCUGAGUAGAUUUUGUGAAUGUCUCAUCAAGCAUCGAAAGCAAUUCAUUUUUCUACCAACCGCUGCCGAAGCAAAAACCAUAGCAGCAGCCAAUCAGCAACUAACUGGGUUUCCACAAUGUUUCGGGGCUAUGGAUGGGAGCCACAUUCACAUUAAACCAUCAAGAUCUGGGUUAAGAGAUUAUGUGAAUCGGAAAAUGUAGGUUAGUACAUUUUUUAAGUUUUUGCUAGUUGAAAAUUUACUUAUUUUAUUACAUUUUGGUUUUUCUGUUAUGUGUUAUAUGG